AUGGAGUCCCAAGUGUUAGCUUGCCUGCAAGCUACUCUCAGUCCGGAGGAGUCAACGCGUAAACAUGCUGAAGAGCAAUUGAAACAAUUAUUCUUGGUGCCUGAGGGAGGAUUGAGUCUUGCCAGGAUACUGUUAGCUCAAGAGGUAGAUUUAUCCCAAAGACAGAUAAGAGUGUUGUUACAGCAAUAUGUCAAUCAACAUUGGACACCUGCCUCAGCGAGCUUUCAACAUCCCAUCACACCGAUUGAAGUAAAAGGUCAAAUUCGACCACUGAUAUUUGAUGGGUUAUCCGACCCUCAACGUAAAAUUAGAUUAUCAGCUGCAUUCGCUUUAUCGACGAUAGCGAAAUACGAUUGGCCCGAAGAUUAUCCAGAUUUACUUUCAAACUUGGUUAACCUUCUUGGCGGUUCGCCAAACUCCGUUCAUGGAGCUAUGCGAGUGAUAUCGGACUUUGUGAGGAAUGAUCUGAGUGAAGAUCAGCUGUUGCCAGUCGUGCAGGAUUUGUUACCUGCUGUGUUGAAUAUUUUGGGUGAUCCCGAGCGUCACUCAGCCACUACCCGAGCUCAAACUGUCUCGGUAUUCAGACAGACUUUACGAAUGUUGGAAACUGUCAAGGAUGAACAUCCUAGUUCCGUCAAAUCAGCUAUGGACAGCUUAUCUCCCGUCUGGUUGAACGCUUUCACUCAGUUAUUAUCGUUAGAUGCCGCUGAGGAAGUAAGGAAGAACUGGGAAGAAUUGAGUAUACGCAUAGAGAUAUUCAGAACAUUCUCAUUAUAUCAUAACGCUUUCCCUAAAUACCUUCAUCCCCAUCUCCAAACGUAUAUCCCCUUAUCCAUCCAAAACUUGAAAUCACUCUUACCAUCCUUCCAUACCUUCUACCUAUCCAACGCGGAUGACUCACAUGAACCUCCUUCUCCCACUUCGGACGUGGGUAUGUUAGAUCCCAAGAUCGAUAUCACCGAUCUGGCAUGUGCGAUAUUCGAUUUCCUCACUCCCGCUGUGAGGACUAAGACCGCUCCUUCGAUUCUGCUAGAUGGUCAGGGGGAUGGGAAUGAGGUGAUGCGAGGGAUUGUGGAUGUUGUCUUAGAUUAUACACAGAUAACCAGGGAGAAUGAAGAAGAAUGGAUGGAAGACCCGAAUGCAUUUGUGAUUGACGAAGACGAUGAAACCGAACAAUACGGUAUUCGAACUUCUGGGUACGACUUGAUAGGGUCAAUGAUGGACAAGUGGUCUCAUCCUGUGACAAACAUCCUUCAAUCUAGAGUACAGCAGAAGGUGCAGGAAUCGGCAGGUGCGAGAUCAUCUGGCAAUCCUGAUUGGUGGAAACCACUCGAAUCAGCAUUAUCUCUUAUCGGAGGUGUGUCCGAUGACCUCAGGGAGAUUCUUGAAGAUGAUGAAGCUGCUGGUAAAGCGCAAAGUCUCAACGUGCAGUUCUUGUUUGAUCAAGUCAUUCCUGGGUUGUUAAGUCAAUCAGAAACACCUUUCUUGCAAGGCCGAGCCUUCGUCUUCGCUUCUCAAUUCGCCUCUUUGCUAUCCGAUGCUUUAGCCGGACAGUACCUCGGUGCCGCUGUACAUGUGCUGGAUUCGAGGGACGUCAGUGUACCCGUCAAGAUAUCUGCGGUGAAGACGAUAAAGAAUUUCUGUCGUCAUGUCUCGCCCGAAAUCAUGCGACCUCAAUCCCGACAAAUCCUCACUUUGCUCUUACCUCUCUUACCUGAGAUCACCAAUGAGACUCUUUAUCUGGUACUAGAAACAAUCCGAGCUGUGUUCGCAUUAGACACGAAUCUGAUCAAUGGUGAUUCCGUGGUGGAGGUGGCAAGUAGGAUAUACGAUGUUUGGGUCAAGUUCACAGAUGAUCCGGUCACAACAGCCAUAAUAGAAGAGACAUUCGAAUCUCUCGCUUCUCUCCCCGAUCCUUCCGUCGCACCAGCUCUGGUACAACUGAUAGGUCCCAAGCUAGCCGAAGCGAUAUCGACACCAGUCGAUGACGAUACCGUCCAUAUACCUGGUGAAGCGGUGCAAUUGGCCAAUAGUCUGAUCAGGACAAGAGGUGGGCCGUUGGAACCUGAGCUGAUAGGUAGUGUGACUGUUGCUGUGAUGGGCGUACUGAGGACGACAGAUGAUAUGGAUGUGAUUCAGCACGGAAUGAUACAUCUUACCUUGGUAGUCAGGAAAGAUUGCGAUAAGCUUAUUCAGUGGCACGACUCCGAAGGCAACAACGGUAUUCACUCGAUCUUCCACCUAUUAUCUCGUUUCCUCGCACCUACAUUCUCCGAGUCAGGCGGUAUCUUCGUUGGUGAAUUGAUUAUGCACCUGUUCAGAAAAGCCGGAAGCGUUAUGGCACCAGUAUUACCUGAUUUAUUAAGAGCUGUAGUGGGAAGAUUGGUCACUGCUCAGUUACCAAGCUUCAUCCAGACACUGGUCCUUCCAUUUGCAUACCUAUUCGGAACACAAUAUACAACGUCCACCAUCGAUCUCUUGUCAUCUUUCUCUGUACCUCUACCGGAAGGAGGUGAGAAGUCAGGAUUGGAGGUAGUCUUAGCUGCAUGGUGUGAACAUUCAGAUACUAUAACUGGAUCUUGGAAUAUUAGAGUAUCCGAUUUAGGAUUAUCGAAAUUGUUCGCCAUGUCCUCUUCUGCUCAGGAUCAGAGACUGAAUGGAGUGGUGGUUAGAGGUGAUUUGGUGAUCGAUGAGAGGAAUAGAGAUACUAUAAUGACGAGAUCAAGAACUAGAAAUAACCCAAACCAAUAUACUCAGAUACCUUUCCCACUCAAAGCGUUCAAGUUGAUAUUGAAAGAUGUACAGUCCGAACCGGGAGCUAAAGGAAAGGGGAAGAAGGUGGAUUAUGAUAUUGAGGAAGAUGACGGGGACGAGGAUUGGGAUGAUGAUGAUCUAUUAGCUGGAGGAGGUGAUGGUGUCGGAGAGUUUGAUUACCUAUCUUCUUGGCUGGAUGAUAAAGGCGGUAAUGAAAAUGAUGCUCAGGAUGACGAUGAGGAUUUGAAAUCUGAUCCAUUGGCUCAAAUCGAUAUGGGGCAACACCUAACGGAUAUACUUCGACAAGCUUAUAUGAAUGAAAGUAGUAAUAUCCAUCAGAUGAUCGAUAGUUUAACUGAGGUGGAGAAGAAAACUUUAAGAGAGGUAUUGACUUUAUCUUGA